AUGACCCCGGGGUCACCACACCCCCUGUGUUCCCCCAAUCAUUCCGUCAUGACCCCGGGUCACCACACCCCCUGUGUUCCCCAAUCAUUCCAACAUGACCCCAGGGUCACCACACCCUCUGUGUUCCCCCAAUCAUUCCGACAUGACCCCGGGGUCACCACACCCCCUGUGUUCCCCCAAUCAUUCCGACAUGACCCCGGGGUCACCACACCCCCUGUGUUCCCUCAAUCAUUCCGACAUGACCCCGGGGUCACCACACCCCCUGUGUUCCCCCAAUCAGACCCACAUGACCCCGGGGUCACCACACCCCCUGUGUUCCCCCAAUCACACCCACAUGACCCCGGGGUCACCACACCCCCUGUGUUCCCUCAAUCAUUCCGACAUGACCCCGGGGUCACCACACCCCCUGUGUUCACCCAAUCAGACCCACAUGACCCCGGGGUCACCACACCCCCUGUUUUCCCCCAAUCAGACCCACAUGACCCCGGGGUCACCACACCCCCUGUUUUCCCCCAAUCAUUCCGACAUGACCCCCGGGUCACCACACCCCCUGUGUUCCCCCAAUCAGACCCACAUGACCCCGGGGUCACCAUACCCCCUGUGUUCCCCCAAUCAUUCCGACAUGACCCCGGGGUCACCACACCCCCUGUUUUCCCCCAAUCAUUCCGACAUGACCCCGGGGUCACCACACCCCCUGUGUUCCCCCAAUCAUUCCGACAUGACCCCGGGGUCACCACACCCCCUGUGUUCCCCCAAUCAUUCCGACAUGACCCCGGGGUCACCACACCCCCUGUGUUCCCCCAAUCAUUCCGACAUGACCCCGGGGUCACCACACCCCCUGUUUUCCCCCAAUCAUUCCGACAUGACCCCGGGGUCACCACACCCCCUGUGUUCCCACAAUCAGACCCACAUGACCCCGGGGUCACCAUACCCCCUGUGUUCCCCCAAUCAUUCCGACAUGACCCCGGGGUCACCACACCCCCUGUGUUCCCCCAAUCAUUCCGACAUGACCCCGGGGUCACCACACCCCCUGUGUUCCCCCAAUCAUUCCGACAUGACCCCGGGGUCACCACACCCCCUGUGUUCCCCCAAUCAUUCCGACAUGACCCCGGGGUCACCACACCCCCUGUUUUCCCCCAAUCAUUCCGACAUGACCCCAGGGUCACCACACCCCCUGUGUUCCCACAAUCAGACCCACAUGACCCCGGGGUCACCAUACCCCCUGUGUUCCCCCAAUCAUUCCGACAUGACCCCGGGGUCACCACACCCCCUGUGUUCCCCCAAUCAUUCCGACAUGACCCCGGGGUCACCACACCCCCUGUGUUCCCCCAAUCAUUCCGACAUGACCCCGGGGUUACCACACCCCCUGUGUUCCCCCAAUCAGACCCACAUGACCCCGGGGUCACCACACCCCCUGUUUUCCCCCAAUCAUUCCGACAUGACCCCGGGGUCACCACACCCCCUGUGUUCCCCUAA